CUGAGAAGCUGACUGGCUGCACUCUGCCCUCCCUCCAGGACCUGUUCACCUCCAGGACCCUGAGACCCCUCCAACCCCGGACACAAACCCUCUGAAACACUCCUCUGUGGUAGGACGCUGCAGUCCAUCAGGACCAACAGCUCACAGCAUGAGAACAGUUUCUUCCUGUGUGCAGCUGGACUCAUGAACAAGGCCUGGGACGACCUCUGACAGACUCUCAUCCUGCCCCCACAGACACUACACCUGACUUUACUGCACAUCUUUACUGCUCAUCGUCUUAUUUUCAUCUUCAUGCUCCAAAACAACAAGGCAGAUUCCUUGUAUGUUAAAACUUACUUAGCAACAGACCUGAUUCUGAUUGUUGAUGAGUAGUUUGAUAGCGUGCAGCUACACUCUGUAUGUUCACAGCUCAGUGGGUAAAACAGACAGAAGCUGUCACACAUGCAGAUAUAAAACCACCUCUGGUCCACUUCCUGUCAACUAAACCGCGGCCACCUACAGGAAGAUACAGCCUGUGUCUUUGAACAUCAUCAUCAAGUCAGUAUGCUGCUUAUUUAACUUUAAAUAUUAACUGGUCAGGGGUAUAAACAAGGGGUAGGGCAUGACAAGCUUAGUGCUUCUCCCUAUCCCCUUUUUCGGACAUAUGGACUCUAAAAAAUUAUAAAAAAAAAUAGCAGAGAUUUCUAAAAAGGGCGUCAUGAUAGGAUUUGUAUUUCCUUUUGCAUUUUCUUUUUUUCUUUCUUUUUCUCUCUUCAUUUAUAUUUUCAAAUGAAUGUAUUCUGUUUUCUUUGUCCAACAUCCGAAAACUAAACUAAACUAAAAAAAAAAAUUAAGUAAUUUUGUCAUAAAUCUAAUAGAUUAAAAAAAAGUCUUUAAUCUUUGUUGCUUCAACUUUCACCUCCUGCAAUCACAACAAUGAACACACACACCCAGAGUUGGUGUUAGUGAGGUGUUACUGUCACGUUGUUUUUUACAUUGAUGUUUCAGUCGCUGCUUAGUUUUAAUUUUCAUCUCUCUUCACUCCAUGUUGAGACUCAGUGCCUCAUUUUAAAACUGAAUUAAUCUGUUUUAUUCUGACUGAACAAAGAAAUCUAACAGUGUGUAGAGAUGAAACUACAACACUGCCCGCCACAGAGGAAGGAGGAGGUUUUUACUUGAUGUGACCAUGAGCUGAUCACACCUCUCAUCAACACGUACAUCUCAUUUCACCAAGUAACAGGAUGGAGGAAACCUCUCUGCUGCUGCUGCUCUGUCUGACCUCACUGCUGAGCUGCACAACAAACCAAGCCUCUCUGACUGUGAGUCCCAGCAGCUCUCAGAUGUUUGAAGGACAGUCUGUCUCUCUGAGCUGUGAGGAGGACGACAGCUCUGCUGGAUGGACUCUGAGGAGGAACACAACCACAGACACCAGAACUGAAUGUGGAACUGGCUGGGGAAGAUCUGCUGGUUCUGUCUGUAAUAUCAGAUACAUGGUCCCAUGGGACAGUGGAGUUUACUGGUGUGAGUCCAGAGAGGGAGCAACCAGUAAGAGCAUCAACAUCAGUGUCACUGGUGGAUCAGUGAUCCUGCAGAGUCCUGUCCUCCCUGUGAUGGAGGGACAUGAUGUCACUCUGCACUGUAAAACAAAGACGUCCUCCAACCUCCCAGCUGCUUUCUAUGAAGAUGGCUCCUUCAUCAGGACUGAGCCUGCAGGUCACAUGACCAUCCGCCAUGUAACCAGGUCUGAUGAAGGCCUCUACAAGUGUGACAUCACAGGUCAUGGAGAGUCUCCACCCAGCUGGCUCACUGUCACAGGUAGACCUAUCAAGGCCCCACUCACAUCUGCAGCCCCGACCUCUGGUGUAACCCCGCCCAUAUCUGCAGGCCCGCCCCCUGACUCAGACCACCUCCACCUUGUGUUCAGAUUGCUCUGCCACCUGGUGGUGUUCUGUCCAUACUGCAUCUCCACUUUCAUCAUGGUGUCUUUAUAUCGACAACGGCCCACAGGAAAUGUCCUGCCCAUCUCCAUGGUGAUAACCCCGCCCACCCAGGCUGAGGAGGGAUUGGAUGAUGACUAUGAUGAUGUCAUCACUGCUGUCACCACGGAGCAUCACUUCUGAACUGAUGUGAAAUGAAGCUAAAAUGUUUCAGGUCCUUGGUAGAUGAGAAACAGUGGAGGACCCAGAACGCUUCCCUGUGGAACUCCACAUGUUGUAGUUUGACUUGUAGAUGAUGUUGAACUCAGGAUCUCUGACUCUCUUUAAACUCUUCUAAUCUUCUAAUGUGAGCAGCUGUGUGUCAGGUUCAGUGGAGCCUGAGAACUCAGGGUGACUCAGUUAAAGCUGACUCAUGAUUCAGGCCCCUGGACAGAUGUCCUGAUGUGUUUACUGUCAAUGAAGCAGUUGACAUGUUUUUGGUCCAAAUUAAAGCUGAUA